AUAAGCGCAAGGUGUGAGGACCACACAAACGAGAAAUACUCAACCAAAAACACUCCAGCAGCGAGGGUUGGCGCUGGUAAUUGGUAAUUCCAGCCAUUCCAAUGGAGGAGCCUAAGCCUAAGGAUGCUGCCACCGUUUCCUAUUCGAAUGGGAACUCCGAUGAUACGGCGUCGGACCGCCCUGUUCGGGUCUAUGCUGAUGGGAUCUACGAUCUCUUCCACUUCGGCCACGCUCGCUCCCUUGAGCAAGCCAAGAGACUGUUCCCAAACACCUAUCUGCUUGUUGGAUGUUGCAGUGAUGAAAUCACCCACAAGUAUAAAGGCAAAACUGUUAUGACGGAGGAUGAACGCUAUGAAUCUCUUCGCCAUUGCAAGUGGGUAGAUGAAGUCAUUCCCGAUGCUCCUUGGGUGAUCACACAAGAAUAUCUUGACAAGCACAACAUUGACUUUGUGGCCCAUGAUGCUCUUCCUUAUGCAGAUGCUAGUGGAGCUGGGAACGAUGUUUAUGAGUUUGUUAAAUCUGCUGGGAGGUUCAAGGAAACAAAACGGACUGAUGGGAUUUCUACGUCGGACAUUAUAAUGAGGAUUGUAAAAGAUUAUAACCAGUAUGUGAUGCGUAACUUGGAUCGUGGGUAUUCAAGAAAAGAGCUUGGUGUCAGCUAUGUUAAGGAAAAGCGACUGAGGGUGAACAUGAGAUUGAAGAAACUACAAGAGAAAGUGAAGGAGCAACAAGAAAAAGUGGGGGAGAAGAUUCAAACUGUUGCAAUGCAUCGUAAUGAGUGGGUAGAAAAUGCUGAUCGCUGGGUUGCUGGAUUUCUUGAAAUGUUCGAAGAAGGUUGCCAUAAAAUGGGCACUGCCAUCAGGGAUCGAAUUCAAGAGCGGCUUAGGGGUCAGUUGUCUAGAGAAUCCAAAUAUCUACAAAAUGGUGACAAGGAUGUUGAUGAUGAUGAUGAUGAAGAAGAAUAUUAUGAUGAUGAUAAUUAUGAACAUUAUUAUGAUGAUGAAGAAGAGUGUUAUGGUGAUGAUGGGGAAGAUAAGAAAGAUGAGAAAGAAAAGAAGUAAAUGUGUUUUUCCAUGCUUGGCAAGGAAAAGCUUGCAGGUAGUAGAUAAAUUACAAUAUUACUUAGUGUGCCUUGCUACUCUUGGUCUCUUGUGAAGUGCCAUACAAUAGAUGAUGAAACGUCGCUUUGAAGCUUCUAAUUUCUUGUAAUUUUUAUUUUCCAUUUUAGCGUGGUUGAGAUUUCUGAGAACUUGUAAAUUAGUUCAUGAAAGUGCUGUUUCUGGAUGCCGAGAUUGGCCUUCUUCAAACUUGUGUUUUGUGAUUGGUUGUUAUUUAAGCAAUGUAAAGAGGCACAUGCACAUCUAUUCCCGGUA